AUCGAUAAGUUCGGCAAGAAUAAACACAAACUCGCACGUGUACCGACACUAAGUCGAUCGUUGAGAUUUUGAGCCGAUUUUUCUUUCAAUUUUUUUUUUUUAAUAAACAGUGAAAAUUACUUGGAUUUUUUUGUUGUUGAGAAAAGUAUUUGAAAAAAAUGGGUAACCGAAAUAAGAAAAAACCUGUUGAACGAUUUAAAUCACGUAAAGAAGUGCGAAAAGAUAAGCGACUUCAGAAGAAGGCAAACCGUGUACAUUUUCAAAAACGGAAAAAAGAAUUGAAGAUCGAGUACAAAGAGCGGAUGCAGCAGAAAAAUGCAGGUAAAAAAGGUAAAACCAACGGGAAAUCGGUGUCAAAGGAAAAACAAACACCAAAAUGCAGUGAUGCAGAGGAUGAAUUCAUUGACGAUGAACAAUUCGAUGAAAAUGAUGAGGAAAUUGAAUCCGAUUUUGAGCUUAGCGACGAAGAAUUGGAGAUGAAAACCAAAGCCAUGGCUAAGACGAGUAAACCCGUUCAAAAGCCGGCAACUCAAUUGGAACUCGAUCAUCAGCGCUUGAUGAAACAGGAGCAAUCAUUGCGUAAGGAUAUGGGUAAAAAGCGAGUGAAACAAUUGAAAAUGGCAAACGAAGAGGAGGACAAAACCAUUCGUAAGUUGGAGAAAUUGCUGAAAAUCGAUAAAAGUCGCAGUAAAAAGGGUGUUCCGAAGAUGUUCCACGAUGGGUUGGACUAUGCGUUGGAAAUGUGUCUGCCGGAGAAUAUUGAAAAAAUGUACGCAGCGGCAAAGGAGGCGGCCGAUGCUGAUCAACAGUCAGACAACGAAUGGCAGGAAGAUUUUGCCCUUGCGACCGGUGAAUUAGAGCCACAACCGGAUGAAAAGGGCCCGAAAAAGUCGAUCAAAGCAGAACAAAGGAAAGCGAAAGAGGCAGCACAAAAGGUGGUCGAAAAGAAAAAAGCUGGAUCCAAAUACUUUGAUGAGUCUAAUGACGAGUUAGCUUCGGAUUUGAGUGAUGCGGAUUCCGAAUUUGAACGAAGUGAAAACGACGAAGAAAACUCAGUUCUUGAAGAUAACGCUGAAAGUGAUGACUCUGAUGAUGCUCCAGAGGAGAUCAGCACCGUUUCGAAAUCAUCGAAGAAACGCCAAUUGGAAAAAUUAAAAGCAAGUAACAAACCCGAAUUUGAUGAAGAAAUGAUGGAAGAAAGUGAUUCAGAGAAUGAUUUCGACGAUGAUUUGGACGAAUUGGAGAUGGGAUCGUUAGAUGAGGAUUCAGAUGAUGAACCGGCGGGAAAGGUGCAAAAAAUGUCCAAAAAGGAAAAGAAUGAAUCAAAUCAGAAGAAAAAUCAAAAGAGUCAAAAGAAACAAAAGCAUGAAUGGGAGUCUGAGCCGGAAUCUGAGCUGGAAGAUGAAGAAGGAAAUGAUGAUGAAAAUGGAGAUGAUUACGACAGUGAUCAAAGUGGUGGUUCUGGGACAAAAGACGAAAAGCCAGAUAUUUGGGAGGAUAUUUACGGACGAAAGCGCGAUAAAGAUGGAAAUAUCAUCAAAGAAGAUACUCAAACUAGCACCGGAAAGUACGUACCACCACAUUUGAGAGCACGUUUGGCUGCUGAAGCGACUAAUGGCAGCACCGAAGGAGAAAUGGACCCAAAACGCAGGGAAAAAUUAUUACAACUGAAGCGAUUGUUGAAAGGCCAAUUGAAUCGUUUAUCUGAAGCGAAUAUGCACAAAAUCUGCACUGAAAUCGACAAUUUGUACAUGCGAAACUCACGUAACGAUAUGAAUACCACAUUGUCGGCUUUGAUUUGUGAUGCCUUGAUAUCGCAUGCUUUGGCACCAGAAAGAAUGGUCAUGGAACACGCUUUGCUGAUUGCUGCGCUGCACGCAAACGUUGGAACUGAGGUCGGUGCCAAUUUGCUGGAGAAUUUAGUCGAUCGCUUCCAUCAGAUGCUAAGGGACGGCAUUGAUCAGUACGAUGUCGAAGACAAAACACUUGACAAUGUCAUUUUCGUUUUGUGCCACAUGUAUACAUUCAAAAUUUUCCAUCAUCGACUGGUCUACGAGCUAUUGAACAAACUCAUCGAAAACUUUGGUGAAAAGUCGGUGGAAUGUGUUUUACUAACGUUGCGAUCCGUUGGAUUUUCACUGCGAAAAGAUGAUCCGGCUGCACUAAAAGAGCUUAUCUUAACGAUACAGAAGAAGACUAGCGAAGCAUCGGAAAAGCUAAAAACAAAUGCACGUUUGAAAUAUAUGCUUGAUGUGCUAACGGCGAUAAAAAAUAAUAAUGUUAAUCGAAUCCCCAACUACGAUCCAGCGUUGGCCGAACAUUUGCGAAAAAUCCUGAAAACAUUGUGUGUCAAUGGCAAAUAUGUGACAACAUUGAAUAUUUCGUUGGAAGAUUUGGUGAACGUUCAAAAUCGUGGUAAAUGGUGGGUCGUUGGUUCGGCAUGGACGGGUAAUAUAAAUGACAUUAGUGGUGCGGCCAAAACCAGUACAUCGAAAAAGAAUGAACAAAAAUUUAGCGAAAAAUUGCUAGAAUUGGCUCGAAAGCAACGAAUGAAUACCGACGAACGGCGCAAUGUAUUUUGCAUUCUGAUGAGUGCCGAAGAUUACAUUGAUGCAUUCGAGAAAAUCUUGCAUUUGGCCAUCAAAGAUCAUCGGGUCAUUGUAUCGGUUAUCAUACACUGUUGCUUAUCCGAAAAGACUUUCAAUCCAUAUUAUGCCGUUGUCGCGCAAAAAUUCUGUGAUUUUGAUCGAAAGUACCAAUUGGCAAUCCAAUAUGCUAUUUGGGAUCGUAUUAAGGACAUUCAGUCACAUACAAAAACCCAAUCGACAAAUUUGGCCCAGCUCCUGGUGCAUUUGAUAACGAAUGCGGCACAAGCUAUAUCCGUACUAAAGGUCAUUGAAUUCGGUGAAUUGGACAAAGUCAUGUUGCGAGUGGUGCGACAAGUGCUGUUGGGAAUACUGCUAGGCAAAGAGGAAAUAUGCAAAGAGGUGUUUCAACGUAUUGCACCGAGUACGCAAUUGAAAGCAUUCAAGGAUAGCAUUCGCCUGUUUAUGCAUCAUUUUCUUUUGAAAGGUGGCGCCAAAAAUGGAAUUCCUGAGGAUAAAAUGCAAUUGCUCAAGGAUCGCAUUAAAAUCGCUGACAAGUCUUUGGACACAUCAACCCUUCGAUUUUAGAUGUGAUUUUUCUUUUAAAUUUGAGACCAUUCACAUUGUAUUCGUUAAAAUUCAUUUUCUAUUGAAUAAUUAUCGAUUGAUAAAAUGAAA